GAACGUAAAGCUGCGCACCAAGCAGAAGUAAACAAAGUAAAACAAGCUGAAAAAGAACGUAAGGAGGCUGUAGAAUGGUCUAUAGGUGCAAAAGAUUCCGCUAAAAAAGAGUCACAAAAGCUUAAAAGGGAAGCACAAUUGGCCAAGAAAAAUGAAGCCGCUCGAUUGCUGGAACAAGAAGAAACCGAACUUUCAAAAUACAAGCCAGUAUUGAAGUUGACAAAUAAGUCCGGCGAAGAGAAAAAAGCUAUAAAACGAACACAAGUUCAAGAGCAAGCAAGUGCUGAGCGAAGAGUAAUACCAGAGUUUUCUGCUUCUAAUAUCGAUGAUGCUAUAGAUUUGAUGACUGUCGUCACAAGUUCAUCAACAGCUGUAGGAAGUGCUCCAGGACAGGCUGGCGGUAUUGAAAGACAUCCUGAAAAACGGUUUAAGGCUGCUUUGGCCGCCUAUGAGGAACGUGAAAUGCCAAGGGUUAAAGAAGAACAUCCAG